UAAUAAUGGCAAGAACAUCGCAUGAGUCAAGAAGCAAAGUGUUGUGAUUUGUGAACAAAGACAGAAGCCGCCAUUUCUUCCUUUUUUUCUAGCAAUCGUUUAAGUUUAAUCUACUUUCUUCUUUAAAGGAAGUCGUUGAUCGAAAUUCAAAGGCAAAGAUGGCGUUCCCUCGAAUUCAAACGAAUAGAGGGGAGUUAAGGAUUCAUGGAAGUUUAGAUUCUCUUAACAAUGACUUGGCGGAUUAUAUAUGUGAAUUAUCACAAGCAGCAGUAAAUGAGCGGGGUGUCUUCAACAUUGUUUUUUCCCGUGGUUGUUACCUUAGCAUAUUGGGAAAACUUACACAAAGCCCUUACGACCAACUGAUUGAUUGGAAAAAAUGGCAUGUUUUUUGGACUGAUGAGCAAUUGGUAUCUAGUCCAAUUCCUGAAAGCAAUUUUUUUCAUGUAAUGAAAGAUUUGUAUCGCAAGGUGGACUUGGAAAAUGCACACCCUUUUUGUACUUCCUUCUCUGCAAAAGAGAUUGUAAGCAAGAAUGAAUCAUGGAUCCUUGAGCUUGUAGUUAGCGGACUGGUAAAGAUGUGUUCGAACAAUGACUACCCCAAGUUCGAUCUCAUCCUUCUCGAAAUGGGAUCUGACGGACGUGUAGCUUCUCUGUUCCCUAAUCACUCCGCGUUGGGUGUGAAAGAUUGGAUUGCCUACUUCAAUGACUAUCCCGAGCCUCCACUAAAGAGGAUAAUCUUUACGUUGCCUGUUAUCAACUCGGCAUCUAAUGUGGUCGUGGUCGCAACAGGGAGUGAUAGAACCGAGGCUGUACGCCACGCCAUCAAGGAACCUAAUGUGGGACCCAACGCCUCGCCUGCAAGGAUGAUACAACCCACACAAGGAAAAUUGGUGUGGUUUUUUGAUAAACAAGCUGCGUCUAACCUUGAGGAGGGUGUUCUAGAUUCCAGAUUAAUAAUCGAAGGCUAUGAAAUUGUUUUCUGAUUGUGAAUACUCAUUACUCAUAGUCUUAGUAUAGGGUCGUUGUGUUCUUUUGUCAAUAUUGGUAGUACAUUUUGCAAUUGACAAAUGACUAGUUUCACUUUUUUGCAUGAAUUUGUUGCAUGAAUUUGUUGAUUGUUUUUCUUGUGAAAAUUGUCCGAGAAAUUUCAC